AUGCAAGAUAUAACUGGAAAAAAUAUGAAAAAAGUUAAAUUGAAAACAAAAGUUACAUCAAUAUUAUUUGUUGAGGAAAAAAUAAGUGAAAAUUUAUUGUAUAAAUGGUUAAUUACAGGUGAUGAAACUGGUGAUGUAAGAAUACAGGUAAUUAAUGAUAAUCAAAAAGGUGAACUUUUUAUAUUAAAAUCAAUGGAUAUAGACACUCAUAUUACGUGCAUUUGUACUGCAGAUCUUAGAAAUGAAUCUAGAAAAGAAAUUGUUGUAAUAAAUUCAAAUGGAUUAUUAUGUGGUUACACUUUUCCUUUAUUAAAUAAAUCAUCUGAUCCAUUAAUUCCUGAAUCAAUUUCUUUACUUCAACCGGUACUAAGUAUUCAGCAAAUAAUGUUACCAAAUAUAAUUUCUGCUUUUAUAAAUGAUUUAACUUCAGUUAACGGUAAAGAAUUGUAUAUAAUGAUGACUGAUCGUGUUAUAAGAUCAUAUCGAUUUAAUAAUAGAUAUAAUAAGUUUAUACCAACUCGUAAAUGGGAUUUAUUAAUAAAUAUUGAUGCUUGGAGUAUUGGAUGUGACUUUAAACAUAAUUUUUCAUUUUAUGCUCAAUUAACUGUAAAGGGAAAAUAUAAUAGAGUUGUAGUUGAUUUUCAAAGUCAAGGAAUAGUUGCUGCACAUAAACUUCAACAAGAAAGAAGUAUUGAUAUGGAUGAAAAUACAAUUUAUUUAGCAAUGAUGCCAGUAUUUGUAAAUUCUCCCAUAAAAACAUACACAAAAAUUGCAGUUUCAAAUUUUUCAUCAAGAACAUAUCAUUAUUUAUUGUUACCAGAUAAUUAUUAUGUUACUUGUCUUGGAGUAUGUUCAUCUCAAAAAACAGAUCAAAGUUAUGCUGUUUGUGUCAAUGAAAAUGGUGUUGUUUUAAUUUAUUCAUGGAAAUGUCCUUUAGAAACAUCAAUUGGACCAAUUUAUCGUUCAUUUGUUGGAGCUGAUGUUAAAAAAAUUUAUAUAUACCCUCUUAAUACUGAAAGUAUAGCUGCAAUAUUUCUUAAUUAUCUUGGAAAUAUUACAUAUGCUGAAUACUAUUAUUCUGACAAAACUACACCUAUAUUUUUGACAAAUGAAUAUUAA